AGCCGCUCCCGCAGCCAUGUUGCCUGCGAGGGGAAGUGGCGGCCCCGACCCCCGCUAAGAUGGUGGAGAGGAGCCCUCGGGGGGCCUAGGGGGUCCCGUCCCCCGCCCCCGGGCUGCAGGGCGAGCCGUGGGGCCCAUGGAGCAGCUGUAGGGUGUGUGCUGUGAACAGCUUCACCACUGCCACGAUGACCUCUGCAGGCUCAGCCCAGCCCCCAGCAGCAGACCCUGCCUGCAGGCUCACCCUGGGCCAAGGCAACCAGGUGAGGCCCAGCCAGCCUCUGCUGGAGAUUCUGCAGGCUGCAGGAGCCCAGGGGGGAACCUUCACACUGAAGGAGGUGAUGCAUUUCCUGGGCCAGUACAUCAUGGUGAGGCAGCUCUAUGACCAGAGGCAGCAGCACAUGGUGCACUGUGGAGGAGACCAGCUGGGAGAGCUGCUGGGCCUGGAGAGCUUCUCUGUCAAAGACCCAAGCCCAGUCUAUGACAUGCUGAAGAGGAACCUGAGCUCUGCUGCCCUGGCAGAUGCUGCAGAGACUCUCCCACAGGAGCAGAGCGCCGGUAGGCCCAGCCAAGACCAGCUGAAGUUUAGCCAGCAAGAAGGAGGCUCUGUGGCUGGGAUCAUGGAGGGUGAGAGCACUGCUGCUGCUUGGGCUACCUCAGAGCCAAAAUGUGAGCACUGUGAAGACACAGACUUGCUAGAAAACCUCUCCAAAAGCAGGAAGCCUAAGCUGGACCUGGUGUUUGAGGAGUGGGAUGUGGCUGGCCUGCCCUGGUGGUUCUUGGGCAACCUCAGAAGCAAUUACAAGUCCAGAAGUAAUGGAUCAACAGACAUCCAGACCAACCAGGACAUAGACACUGCCAUUGUCUCAGAUACCACUGAUGACCUCUGGUUCCUCAAUGAGUGCCCAGCAGAGCAGAGCACUGCUGCAGCCAAGGUGGAAGCUGCUGCCUGUGAGGAAGGGAAGGAAGGUGACAACAAGGUGCCUGAGGAAGAUUGUUUGCAUGACAUGGAGGAUUCCCAGUGCCUGAGUGAUGACACAGACACAGAAGCUGCUCCUGAGGACCGCUGGCAGUGCAGCAAGUGCAGGAAGUUCAACUCCCCGGGCAAGAGGUACUGCUACCGCUGCUGGGCCCUGCGCAAGGACUGGUACUCGGACUGCCCCCGGCUGCCCCAUGCCUUCUCCCUCUCUGACAUCGAUGCCAUGCAAAAGCAAAAGGAGCAGGAGGAAGGCAUAGAUGUCCCAGACUGCAGGAGGACUGUCUCAGCCCCGGUGGGCCAGCCCCAGGAGCUGUACGUGGUGGAAGCUAAGCCCCGGGGGGAUGCCUGCGGCUCCCUGGAGUCGCUGGACUUGGCCCGAGGCUGCGAGAGCAAGGAGCAGGCCCUGCUGUGCUUCCCCCAGCACACCAAGGGGGAGGAGGAGGAGGAGAUAGAGUCCCUGGAGAGCAUCAAGAAGCUGCUGAACCCCUGCUUCCUGUGCCAGCACAGACCCCGGGAUGGGAACAUUGUCCAUGGCAGGACUGCUCACCUCGUGGCCUGCUUCCGCUGCGCCAAGAUGCUGAAGAGGAAGAGGUCUCCCUGCCCGGUGUGCAGGAAGGAGAUCGAGCUGGUGAUCAGGAUCUUCAUGGGCUAGCUGUGCCCUGCAGGCCCUGCUCCCCCACAGCCCUCUCUUGC